AUGAGCGACGGCGAGGGGCAGCCAUCGCUCUUCCAGAUCUGGUGCCGGUCGGAUCUGGAAAGUUUACCAGAUUUGCGAGCCGGGGGUGGGUCUUGGCAGCGGUGGGCGAAGAUGAAAGACCCGAGGUUAUGUCCGGAGGGUCCGGAGAAACAGGCGGUUCAGAUGGGAGUCGACGGCUCGGCCGCUCUGAACCAGUCCUCGCAACGAGAAAGCACAGAUCUUCCUGUAUCACCAAGUUGGAAUCGGAAGCCAAUCUCAGCCACAUUUUGA